AUGCGGUGCAUCGACGAAGAAUCGGACAAAGAUGCCGACAUCUAUGCUCCGCCCUUGAACGAUGUCGCGUCAACCCCUGUGCAGAAAGCCGAUUCCACCGGCGCAAUGCUGCGCCUGUCGUUAUGGGUGUCUUUUGCGGCGUGGAUUGCCAACUUCGAUAAUGGGUAUACUGGGACCAUCUUGAUUAUGCCGUCAUACCGGAAGGCAUUCGGCACCUGCCGUGAACUUAUGAAUCCUGCGACAGGUGCAAUUGUUGAACAUUGUUCCAUCACGCCGCUUCAGCAGUCUAUGAUUAGCUUGAAUUAUCUGUUUAUUGGUAUCGGAGGUGGCCUGUCUGGAUUGACAGGCCGAUAUACUGGGCGUCGGGGAAGCAUCCAGAUCGGAUGCCUGCUGGCCAUCAUCGGAGCAGCUGGCAUGCUUGGAACAGGUAGUCCAUCAGAUGGAAGUUUCCGGCACUACAUGGUCUGUCGGUGUAUUAGUGCCAUGGGAAUUGGCCAGCUCAUAACCUCCGCUGUGACCUACGGCUCAGAAUGCAUCGUCGCUCAUAAGCGCGGUCUUGCGCUUGGAAUUUACAAUGUCGGCUUAGCUAUGGGCAACGUCGCAUCUUCGGCCGUGUGUGCAGGCUCUGCGCGCCUAGAACCUGCGAAUAAUUGGCAGUGGAAAACUCCAAUUCUGUGCCAAAUUCCUCUUGGUAUCAUCCUCGGGGCGGGAAUCUUGAUGUUUCCUGAAUCACCACGCUGGCUGUUGAACAAUGACCCUAAUCGCGAAGAAGAAGCGCGCAGGGCUUUCAGUCUUUUAUAUCGCAUACCCGCUCACUCUGCAGAGAUCACAGCCCAAAUUGAAGAAGUCAAAGCCCAUAUUAAAGCUGAGCGCACGGCUGCUGCUUCAAGCUCCUGGCUCGAUAUCUACCAGAGGAACAACAUCCGUCGAACUUUCACUUCUGCCCUCAUCAUGAUUGGUCUUUCUAUUACGGGUAUUCAGUUCGUGCAGCCAUACGCAACUACUUUCUUGAAAGGUGUUGGCAUCAGCGACCCUUAUAUGAUCAAUGUCAUCAUUGGCCUGUGCAUCCUGGGAGGAUCAUGUCUGGGUCCUUUCGUUGUGGAAUACGGCGGACGUCGAUUCGCCAUUCUGACCGGGUACAGCCUCAUGGCAGUGUGCAUGUUGAUACUUUCAUCGGUCAACACAGCGCUUGGGUCAACUGAGAUCUCCAAAAUGGUCGUUGUCAUCUUUCUCUGUUUUUGGUCAUUCGUUUUCGGGGGAACGAUUGCACCAAGUGCUGGCCUGGCCUCUGUGGAGAUGCAUAGCGUCAGGCUUCGCACGUACGGCCAAGCGAAUACCACGGUGUUAUAUGGUAUUUUCUCGUUCGGUGCGGCCUUUUGGACACCUUACAUGCUGGAUGCCGAUUAUGGUAACAUGGGGCCAAACGUGGGCUACUUCUACGCCGGUGUGACCGUGUUAAUCACUGUUCUGGCAUAUUUGUUGGUGCCCGAAACCGCUCUUUUGUCGCUGGAGCAGAUUAAUGAUCUAUUUAAUUCCGGCAUUCGGCCAUGGCAAACCUCAAUUGCACGAAAUAAAGCCAUUUUUCAAGCCAAGGGCCAAGAACUCACAAGUGAAUUGGGCUGA